AUGUCGCCAUCAAUACGACGAGCAACUUGGAUACUACUCUUUCUGACGGCACUCGCUCUAUACUUAGUAUCUGUAUCGUAUUUAAGCCAGUCCAUAAUUCAGCAGCCUGAAGCAAGUAGCGAACUCACUGAUGACGAAGACUUUUUUGAUGAUUACGACGAGAAUGAGGACGAAGAGCGUUAUCUCACUUAUCUACCUCACAGCGGUUUCCAUAACCAACGCAUAGCACUUGAGAAUGCGUUGUUCCUCGCCUGGGCGACAAACAGAACUCUCAUAAUGCCGCCUAUUGUGCUUGGUAGCAGAAUACCGUAUCAGCCCUUUCCCCGUCUAUUCUCACUUUUGUCUUCACUCAAUCCAGAGAAAAAGCAAGCAUUACCAGACUGCUCUAAUUUAGUAGGCGCACACCUUGCAUCCUGUUUGAAGACCUACAGGAAAUUAUUCUUUACUUUCUUGCAAUGGGACGAAUUAAUGGACUUGAGUGCAGCAAGGGGUAAAGUACGUAUCAUCAACAGAUACGACUUUAAUAUAACACAUCUUUAUGAAAAGCUGGAUUUCACCGAGGAAGAUGUCUACGUGCUGGAAGACCAAGUUCUUUACAGUUUUCAGAUUUGCGACAAUCCUAAUCCCAGUGUGCGUUCAGACAAAUUCAAAGAUCGAGUCUCAUUAACUAGUAUAAAGAAGCGUCCGCAGAAGCUUUUGCACUUUUCUAGCCUAUUCAGUUCAUCUCGAAUUCUAGCAGAACUGCCCGAGAACCGCGAAAUCCUUGACUUGAUACGACGAAACAUGGUUAUAUCGCAUCCAGUGUUGACCAAGGUGGUGGAUAAGAUAGUAGUAGAGUUGGGGGGUCAGGGCAGCUAUGUCGGUGUUCACAUUAGAGUCGGUGACGGAUUUUUUAAGAAACAGUUGGCCAGUACCGUUGCGGCCAUGACUGACAAACUGCUGCGUGAGUAUGGGCCGGCGUCGUCAUCGGCCGAGGGAGAUGACUCUGUUCAGACGAUAUCUGAAAAGCAAGAAUUUAAGGAAAACAGCAAUUUGUCAUCGUGUUUUUCACAAAAUAGCAACUAUCCGGUGCUUUACUUGGCCACUGAUUCUGCUCAAGCCGAAGAAGACCUUGCAGGAAUACUUUCAGCGUUUCCGUGCGUCUUCAUGUUAUCGGACUUUAACUCAUAUCUUGAUGAGGUCAAGCAAGUGGUUAAUCCAAUCGACCAUGUUAAUUUGCAAGAAUUUUUUGUUCCAUUAAUAGAUCUAAUGGUGGUUGCUAAAGGAGGGAGGUUUAUAGGAACUCAUAGAAGCACGUUCUCUAAUUAUGCUAAACGUUUACAUGAAGUGUGGGUGGGCGAUGAUGCGGAUGGUUUUAGUUAA